AUCACACUAGUAUUCUCUUGUUUACUAGAAUUGUGCAAUGUGCUCUAAGAUUGUGGACAAUAUUACUGAUCUUUAAAGGACAAUGAGUGAAAAAGAAACAAAGUCGCCCGGUGAGGGUAUACGCUCCAUUCGCAGCACUGGCGUCUUUAGACUAAUUAACUUUGAACUUUAUGCGAAACCGAAUAAAAUCAUAAUGGGCAUUGGACUGACUGCAAUAGUAGGUGUAUUUGGCUAUAUAGCUUAUAUGCGACACAAGUACGAGAACCUUGGAUACUAUGUGGCCGUUAAGGAAGACGGACGAGAAGAGUUCAUUAAAAAGAAAUCCAAUUGGGAAACUUAACUGUUUGUUUUUUCUGUCGAUGUGGAAACUAUUUAUUACUGUGUAGCACAAUUUGGUACAUACAUGAGUUAAUUGCUAUUGUAGUGGUUGCCAAAAUAUAUAUUCAAAAAUCACAAUA